AUGAGGUUGACUGUUCAGCAGGUUCAGGAAGCACCCUUGAUUUUGAAUCCUGAACAUAAAGUUACAUUGGUUUUGAGGGAUCUACGUUUGACCGAUGUCACGAAUAUUGCAGGUAUGAGACUAGAUAAGUAUCAAGUUUUGGACUUGAGCAAUAAUGAGUUGAUAGUUUUGGGGAAAUUGCUGGACCGAUUUGAAGAAUUAGAGGUUUUGCUACUAGCUAAUAACAAUAUCACGUAUGUGGACGAUGAGUUUUGCGUGGCAAAUAAGUUUGGUUGUCUAAGGUCGAUAUCGUUUAUGAAUAAUAAUAUUUACAAGUUUCAACAAAACUUUGUAGCUGCUUUCGACAAGGUUGAGAAUUUGGUUCUCAUAGGCAAUCCCAUUACCAAACAUUUCGAUUAUAGACUAUUUAUGAUCUGGCUUGUGCCGUCUCUUCGGGUUUUGGAUUUUAAGAAGGUCAAACUUGCAGAGAGAAGUGCUGCCUCAAAACUAUUCGGCACUCUAGAAGAACCAUUCAAUGAGAAAGCAAAGAGAAUGUUUGAUCUUGAACUAGACAUUGAAGCCAAGGGGAAGCACAUAGCGCCUCCCUCGGAUAAACAAAUGAGCGCUGUGGUGAAGAAAUUAUCAAAAUCUGAUAAGGAGGCAUUAAUGAAGAGAUUGAAGCUGGCUACUAGUAUUGAAGAGGUUGAAAGUAUAGAGCAGCUCAUAAAAACUGGUGAUAUAUGA